UCUCUUCUUCGUCAAAAAACACUUCCUUCCUCUCCCUCCGUUCUGCAGCUCCCUCUCUCUCCCCCUCUGAUUUCUCUCUCCAUCUCUGAAAAGACCGAAAAACCAGAAAGCUCUUUUGCCUCCCUAAAAGACCUAUCUGGGUUUUUCCGUCAAAUGGCCUCCUCCGCCGUCCCCUUCCUCCUCGCCGUCCUCGUCACCAUCCCCGCCGCCCUGUCCCACUCCAUAAUCCAAAUCCCGCCGAACCGCCACGCCUCCGAAGACCGGAAGCUCCGCGCCGACGACAACAUCUACUGCGACAGCUGGCGAUUCUCCGUCGAGACCAACGACGCCGGCAGCUGGGCCAGCAUUCCGUCCCGGUGCGUGGGGUUCGUUCAGGAUUACAUGACCGGCGACAAGUACGCUUCCGACUCGGCGAUCGUCUCGAAUUUCUCGCUGGCGUUCGGCCAGGGGGUUAAGCUCGGCGGCGACGGGAAAGACGCCUGGGUUUUCGAUAUCGAUGAGACGCUGCUAUCCAACUUGCCGUACUAUGAGGAACACGGCUUCGGAUCAGUGACAUUUGAUGAGGUAUCUUUUGAUAAGUGGGUGGAUUUGGCUGAGGCCCCUGCUAUCCCAGCAAGUUUGAUUCUGUACAAGGGGCUCCAACGGUUGGGGUUCAAGAUCUUCCUGCUAACUGGGCGGAGCGAAUUUCAGAGAAAUGCCACGGUGAAAAACCUCCUAUAUUCGGGUUACAGCGACUGGGAGAGGCUGCUACUGAGGGGAGCUUCGGAUAAAGGAACACUCGCGACUGAAUACAAGUCCAAGAAGAGAGCAGAACUGAUAAGCGAAGGUUUCCGGAUUCAUGGGAGCUCGGGAGAUCAGUGGAGUGACUUGUCGGGCUUUGCAGUUGCCCGGCGAUCCUUUAAACUUCCAAACCCAAUGUAUUAUAUUGCGUAAAUAUUUGUGUGAUAUAACUCUAGCAUUGUUGUACCUCUCUUCACUAUUUCAUCAUUGACCACCAUGAUAAUAUUUGAUUUUGGUUGCGAUUGGGAGAAGCCUUGUAUGAUAACAAUGUCUCAGCUA